UUCUCACUAAAUACGUUCAACUCUCCGGUGCUUCAGUUUGAUUUUUACAGCUAGUGUGUACACUACUUGUGUUUGUAAAAGCAUUAUUAUUCAAAUAAACAGUUGUACAAUAUUCGAAAAUGUUUAACUAUAAAAUUAAUUUGGUUACUUUAUGUUUAUAGUUUUCCAUAAAAAACUAAUAAAAUGUGUUCUUUUUGGCAUACAAAAUGGAUUUCUAUAUGUUAUUGUACAUUUUUUGUAUUUAUAUUGGUGAUAUCAGGUAAAUUUGCUAGCGGGUUCAACUAUAAAGUUAAUUUAAACGACGCAACCACUAAUUUUCGUUUACAAGUAAACAGCUCUAGCAAAGAAUGUGGGGAGGACAGGAAAACUGGAAUGGUUAUUUACAAAGUUGAUAUGUUUUAUGAGAUUGGUUGUAACCGUCCCUAUGCUCAGUCCAACUUGUCAAGUCCAAACGAUGAACGACAACUUAUUUUGCACAUUAAAGACAAAUGCGACUAUCAGAGAAAUUGCAGUCUAACUAAAUCAGAUCUUCAGUUCAGCUCAACAUGUAACGACAAAUGUAGUUGUCCAUUUUUGUAUUAUAUUGCCUAUUCGUGCAAACGUGUUGCACGCGCCACUACACAAACCACACAUUUAUCAACAGUGACAAGUGUAAAAAUGCCCAAAGGUAGUAUAAAUGUGUUGUAA